AUGGCUGCAGAGGUUGAAGGUGAGGAGGGAAAGCCUAUUAGUGCUCAGACCAUACGCCACACGCCACAGUACAAAGAAGACUUUUAUGACAUGGAGGUGAAAGUCCUCCCGCUUUGUCUUACAGGAGUCCCACAUGCAGUCCUCUCUGCAGGCGGGAGGGACUGUCUGCGCGCUGGAGACACCUGCUCCAGCGAUGACACCUGCAGCCCUCGACUGCGCACCCUCAGGCAGUGCGUGGCGGGAGAUGGCAGCAUGAAACUGGGCCCUGGGGCGCGGAACCAGUGUGAGAACGCUAUGACGGCGCUGCUGUCCACCCCUCUGCAUGGCUGCCAGUGUAAACGAGGGAUGAAAAGGGAGAAGAACUGCCUGAGCAUCUACUGGAGUCUUCACCAGUCUGUGCUGCACGGACUGAGCCUGGUGGAGAGCUACCCGUAUGAGCCAGAGGAAAGGGGUUCUGACUACGUGCGUCUGGCUUCCAUCGCUGCAGAGUCUGAAGUAACGACAGUGAACCGCUGCCUGGAUGCCGCCAAAGCGUGCAACAUAGAUGAGACAUGUCAGAAGCUGCGCACAGAGUACGUCUCAGCCUGCAUCCAGCCGUCAGCCCGCUCAGGGCCAUGUAACCGACCAAAGUGCAACAAGGCGCUCAGGAAGUUCUUUGACCGCGUUCCCCCUGACUACACCCAUGAGCUGUUGUUCUGUCCCUGCACCGACACAGCCUGCGCCGAGCGCCGCAGGCAAACCAUUGUGCCAUCUUGCUCUUAUGAAGAAAAGGACAAGCCCAACUGCCUGGCUCAGCUGCGAGACUGCAAACAAGACUAUGUGUGCAGGUCUCGCUGGGCACAGUUCCAGUACGACUGUGAAGCGUCUGAGCACAGCGCCAGUGGCUGCAAGAGGGAGAACCAUGGAUCAUGUCUUCUUGCGUACACCGGCUUGAUUGGAAGCACAAUAACGCCCAACUACCUUGACAACUCUACUUCCAACGUAGGACCCUGGUGCUCCUGUGCAGCAAGUGGCAAUCACAGGGAGCAAUGCAAUGACUUCUUGGCUUUUUUCCAUGACAACGUCUGUCUGAAAAACGCCAUCGUAGCAUUCGGGAACGGAUCAGAUGUAAAAACAGGCGCCAGUCAGCCUGGGGUGACAAGUCCAGCGACAGACAACGAGAGUCCACACUUGGCAACCACCGCCCCGAGUAUCUCCAUGGAAACAGAGCAGAACGUUCUGCGGGCACAAAUACCUACUCAGGUUAGUGGGAAUGACAGACUGUGGGGCGACGAAGGAGACUCCACUCUACCCUCUCCAAGGCUUUUGGAUCAUAGCCCAGAGCAAGUCCGGCUCUCCAUGCUGCUCAUCCUGGGCUGGCUGAUGCUGGUGCUGCUCUGCCAACCAUAGGAGGCAUCCCUUUAAUGGCCUUUAUGGACCGAGCUGCGCAGAACCGACAGGGAGGAUGAUUUGGGUGUGAGAGAGAAACUGCAAUUCCCAUGUGUCCGAUGAGGGUGAGAGGGAAGAGCCAGCUCUGUCCUGCCCCAUUCCCUUCUCCCUACCAUACACAGAACCCCACCUAAUCUCUUUUUUAAUGGCUCAGAGUAGAUAUGUUGUGAAGGAUACUCUGCGGACAGAACCUAAGGAGAGGGUGCCACCAAGGCACCGCACAGGGGGAAAAAAAGAGGUUCCACACAUCAUUCCCUGCUGCACACCAGCCCAACUUUUACAGAAGAAACACACAGACUUCUCUCAGCUGCAUAUCUACAGAGAAAAAGGCCAACAAGUUCAGAAAGUGUAAAGUGAAGAGACACUGAGAAAGCAGUGACUGAAAACAUUACAAAUAUAUAUAUAUAUAUAUA